AUGCCGCUCUGGGUGUUCUUCCUGUUGAUCCUCACCCUCGGCAGUGGCUCCCACUGCUCCCCGCCACCCCUGCCCCUCAGAACACCUCGCUAUGCAGACGCCAUCUUCACCAACAGCUACCGGAAGGUGCUGGGCCAGCUGUCUGCCCGCAAGCUACUGCAGGACAUCAUGAGCAGGCAGCAGGGAGAGAGAAACCAGGAGCAAGGAGCAAAGGUACGGCUUAGUCGUCAGGUGGACAGCGUGUGGGCAGGCCAGAAGCAGAUGGCAUUGGACAGCAUUCUGGUGGCCCUGCUGCAGCAGCACAGGAAUUCCCAAGGAUGAAGAUCCCACCAGUGUUUUAUGCUACCUGCAGCCAAAACACAACUGCAUCCAGUUAAUCCUAUUUAAUU